AUGGUGUUUCUAAGACUUGUUCGUCGCUUUGCAAACGUUAUGCACAUCCCCAAAAUUCCAAAAGACAUUUAUGGAGCCCCAGUAGAUCCUAAUCUACCUCAUCAAUCUAGCAAACUGACCCAUCUCUCAAAUGGUGAAGAGUGGGUACAUAAAAUUCCUCCAAUCAUAGUCGAUGAUGAUGUUGUUCGCUGUGGAGGGGUCAAGACUGUAGGCUUAGGGCAUCCUGUGGUGUACAUCAAGUUAGACAAGAGAAAACAAGGCCAAGUUGAAAAAUGCAAGUGGUGUGGGUUACGCUAUCAAAAGAACCCAGCUCUUAUCCACCAUCAUCAUGAACAUUAA